AUGCAUGCAAGAGACAAACAAGCUAACAAAUUAGCGAGAGAAAUGUCGAGAAAUAAUACUCACCUCACAAGCAGAGGAAGAUAUGAAUGCGAUGGAAAUCAAAAUCGGAAAAUAUUAUUUUAUCAUGUCAAGACGCUACUAGAGGUAAUGGAGACUAAAGAUCUCAAGGGUUUCCUGUAUGGUUGGCUGGGAAAGAAUAAGAUCGGCGCGCCACAGUACACCAUCAAUGCUGUUACUCGCGGAGGAACACAACGCUUCAGAUGCGAACUUCGUGUGCCCGGCCAUAGUUACGUUGGACUUGGGAAUUCAUUGAAUAAGAAGGAUGCAGGAACAAAUGCAGCGAUGGACUUCUGCAACUACCUUGUUCGCCAAGGUCUGCUGAAAGCUUCUGAAGUUCCAGCACUUGAGGCAUCAUCGUUACAAGCCACAACUACAACACCUGAUGAUAAUGAAUUUGGCUCUGAGCGCGGAUCGUUCUUCAAGAGUGAACCAACUGGCGGAAACGCAAGCGCAGAGCAGCAGCUUGGAGGAAGCGCAGCGCCAUGGAACAGAGCCCCACCCACUGCCCAUGACGUUUAUGUUACCCAGAAGGCUGAAGAAAUUGCGCAGUCUGAAUCUGUGAAUUUAAAAGCUGAAAUUCAUGGCGGGUGGACUAUGGAGAAUAGUAAGCAGGCACUGAAUGAAUUCCUGCAGAAGAUGCGUCAACCUAGCAUUGGCUACAAUACUCAUUUGAAAGAGGCAAAUAAUUGCAGAACAUACGUUGCUGAGGCAUCUAUAUUCGUUCCCCAGCUUCGCAAACAAAUAUCGGGGAGAGGACAAGGAUCAUCGAAAAAAGUAGCCGAAGCAGGCUGUUCGAUGGGUAUUGUCCGACAGCUGUUCCAUCUGGGAAUUUUGGCUGAGUUCAAGGGUGAACGGAAGAAGACAACGGCAGCCACGCUUCCUGAGAUUCCAGUAACAAUCCCAGAUGAACUCGCUGAAAGAGUAAGAGCAUAUGUAACUAGUUGCGGCGUUGAGCCGGUUGCGUUAGGACCAGAGGACAAGCCAACAACAGAUACGCCGAAGUCUCUCCUUACAAACUACAAGUUAGAAGAGUUUCCAGAGUCACAGAUUAUGCCACCUGGAAAUAUUUCGUGGGCGCCUCCAAUGCAGAAUUGGAAUCCGUGGCGUGCAAGUAACAUAGACGAACCACCAUUGGCCUUUAUGUCUCUGCCGGAAAUCAGUGCUAAGUUGAAGGAAAUGGAGGAUUCCAAACGGCAUGACCCUAGCCUGGCCAGAACUCGAGCAGAGUUGCCGGUGUUGCAGUUCAAAGAUGAAAUUCUACGUACUGUAAGAGAUAAUCAGGUGACACUCAUCAAAGGAGAAACUGGUUGUGGGAAAAGCACACAGGUGGUGCAAUAUUUGCAACAAUCAUUUGUGCAGUCCAAUAGAGGGGCGGAGUUUAAUGCUUUUGUAUCCCAACCUCGACGUAUCUCUGCGAUUUCAUUAGCUGAAAGAGUGGCUGCUGAAAUGGGAGAGGAGCUGGGGGAGUCAGUUGGAUACGGUGUGAGGUUCGACGGAGUUUCACCUCGUCCUUACGGGGCUAUUUUGUUCUGUACAGUUGGGGUAUUGCUAAGGAAAAUGGAAAGCGGUCUACGUGGUAUUUCGCACAUAAUUAUUGACGAAAUUCAUGAAAGAGAUGUGAACACUGAUUUCAUCCUCAUAGUACUGAAAGAGAUGCUUCGUGAAUACCGCGAUCUCCGUAUUAUAUUGAUGUCUGCGACGAUCGACACGGAAAUGUUCAUUGAUUACUUUGGCAACUGUCCAGUGAUCGAAAUGCAUGGAAGAACGUUCCCAGUUCAGCACUUCUUUCUCGAAGAUAUCAUACAAAUGCUUAAAUACAUGCCACCUGCUCCGGAAAAGAGGCGAAAGGAAGACGCUGAUGUAGAAGCAGAGGAAAAGGACAGAAAUUUGAAUAUAUUAACUGGAGAUGUGAAUCCAACCCUGCAAAAAGCUAUGGCUAACAUCAGUGAGAAGGAAAUUCCAUUAGGAGUGAUUGAGGCGAUUUUAACUGAUGUUGCUGCGCAAGCAGAACCUGGAUCCGUGCUGGUUUUUCUACCUGGGUGGAAUGAAAUUAUGCUAGUUAUGAACUUCUUAAACACACAUGUUGAGUUUUCGAACUCGUCCAAGUAUGUGAUCUUACCGCUUCACUCGCAACUGACUGGAGCUGAACAGCGCAAAGUGUUCGAUCAUUAUGGUGACAAUAUGAGGAAGAUUAUUCUAGCGACCAAUAUUGCUGAAACGAGUAUUACUAUCGAUGACGUUGUGUUUGUAAUAGAUUCCUGCAAAGCCAAGGAGCGAAUGUAUACUUCGAACAAUAAUAUGGUACACUUCGCCACCGUAUGGGCAUCUCGCACAAAUUUAGCGCAAAGACGAGGUCGAGCUGGACGUGUUCGUAAAGGAUUCGCUUUCCAUCUUUGUAGCAAAGCUCGCUAUGAAGCCCUCGAUGAGCAUCGUACAGCAGAAAUUCUACGUACACCUCUUCACGAAAUUGCCCUAACUAUCAAGUUGCUAAGAUUAGGAAGCGUGGGUGAUUUCUUAGGGAAAGCGUUGGAACCACCUCCAUACGACAUGGUUGUCGAGAGCGAAGCCGUUUUACAGAAUAUGGGAGCGCUCGAUAAGCAUUUGGAGCUCACAGAUCUUGGGCGCAUCCUCGCGCGUUUGCCUAUCGAGCCCAUCCUCGGCAAAACAAUUGUGUUAGGUGUGACCCUUGGUAUUGGUACGUUGAUGUGCGAAAUUGCUGCUGCAUCUUCAUUUUCAUCGCCAUUUGUACCACGUGAAAGAACGCACACUCGCCUGAAUUCUGCGCAACGUUCAUACGCCGGUAAUCGCUGGUCUGAUCAUAUUGCAUUGAUUGCGGUGAACCAAGCCUUUCAACACGCGACUGAAAUGGGGACGAACGCAGAGUUAUCGCUUUGUAAUAGAGUUUCACUCAGUCAGACGAUUUUAAAGAUGAGCGCAGGUGCCAAGUUUCAAUUGAUCGAUGUUCUUACCAACCAGUGUGGGUUCGCUGGUGAGCUUUUUACGAAUGGUUCCUGUGCUCCUGAGUGCGAUUAUGAUCUGCUGCUUUCACUUUUGAUCACUGCUUAUUAUCCAAACAUUUGUUACUACAGAGGAAAAAGAAAGGUAUAUACGCUUGAACAGGCUGGUGCUCUUGUCAGUAAAAGCUCUGUUCUGACGCCAUUUCAAGGCGACAAUAUUGAGUUACCAUCUCCACUUGUUGUUUUCUCAGAAAAGGUCCGUACGCGCGUAAUUGCAUGCAAACAAUUGUCUGUGAUCUCCGGUGUGCAACUUCUGAUGUUUGGUUGCCGUAAAGUUGAAUGUAUUGGAGAAGAUUUAGUGAGGCUGGAUGAUAUGAUCACUCUCAAAAUGAACGUAGAGUUAGCAGCCUCAAUUGUAGCGCUGCGUCCUUGCAUAGAAGCGAUGCUGAUAAGAAGUUGUAUAAAUCCAGAAUCAUUGAUGGCAGCGACUGAACAAGAUAGAGAACUCUCUACCCUUUUACGAGAGUUAUCAUCCAGCGAGUUCUUCGCAGGUGGUGGACCAAUGAAGGAUGCUCUCUUGACAGAUGCUGCUCUGGUUCAACCGAUUACUGCUGGAAGAGGUCGUGGGGGUCUGCGAUCAGGACCUGGAGGCAUGCGUGGUGACCAUAGUGGAUCAAGAGGUGGACGUGGUUGGAGAGGAGGCUCAUUCGGAGGACCCAUGUUUAAUGGUGGACCAGAUCGUGCGGGAUUUGGUGGUAACUCAUUCCUCCGGGAAAAUGUUGUGAAAAGAGAAUCCGUCGACGGAGACUACAACGAUUCAUCUAGCGAAAUGGAUUACAGGAGUGAAGGAAGUACUGUUGAGAAUGGCGACGGUUGGCGUGGCAGCAGAGGUGGUCGUGGUGGUGGCGAUAAUUGGAAAAGAGGUGCGGCUUCUUGGCGAGAUGGUAAUGGUUACGGUGGGAGAGGAGGAGGUGGAAAUAGAUGGAACGGCGGCGGUAAAGGGCAGUGGAACGGAGGUGGAGGUGGUCCGAUUAGGAAUUCCGGAUGGAGAGGAAAUCGUGGAGGUGGCGGAGGCUACGGUGGAUAUGCUGGAGGAGGUUACAGACCGUAUCCAGCAAGAGGACAACGCUGGUAA